AUGCUUAUGUACCCUUCUGUACGUAAGGGUCUCAUCACCGAACCGACUUCUGCACCUUUCAUCAAUCAGCAAGAUACCGUUUGCAUACAAGACGACCAAUUCAUUCCAGACUUCUCUCAAGAACCUUCUCUGCAGUGCUAUUACCAGCAACAGCCUCGACUGCAGUCUCCCUUCCAGUACCAUCCUUCGUUCGACUUUGUCUCUCCGCCCUCUUCCGCUCCCUCAUCUCCUUUCUCCUCGCCCGCCUCUUCCUUCUCCCAUCUUCCGGCGACGGCAGUCGCGGACUACUCACCUGUCGCCUACGACGGCAGUUCCUUUGAGGCUCCUUCGAUGACACCUGUUUCCUCCUACAACCCUUCGAUUCAGAUCCAGCAUUCUGCUUCGCCGCCCAACUCGAAUCUAUACCUUCAACAGUACCAGCAACCUCAAUACCUCUACAGCAAUCAUCACCACAACGACAGCACUUCCAUGUUGGCGCAACACACUGUCACAAACAACCACGGUUGGGAUGGUAAUCUGCAGCUGUUGAGCCCAGCUCGCAUCCCCAACGGCCUCCCCCGUCACGCAUAUCAAGACUCGCAAUUGCACACCUCGCCGGCUUCGACAAAAUCGGCCCCAGGAGGGAGCGUGCAACGGUCCAACAACGGUACUCUGUCCAAGCCUCUGCCCACACCGGUGCAGACGCCUAUACAGAAUUCCUUCCUGGCUACUCCCUUCCAGAACUAUGAUCCUUCUGCACACGAUGCUCGCCAGGCCGAAGCAGAAGCGGCUAUGAGGCAGGCCAUGAUGGAGCAACAGCAACAGCAACAACAUCCCCGUCAGUCAAGUGAUCACUCUCUGGCUCCUUCGGUUUCUACCGUCAGCCACAACUCGCCUGUGACCCCGCAGACGAGUUUUGACGAGAUCGACGAUGCAUCGAAGGCGAUGGCUAAUGGUGAGAACCGAUUUCCUGAUGUUGACCGGUGGAUGGAUGAAUACUUACGUGCCGAUGCGCUUUCAGACUAUGGCAACCAAAAUGGGAACAACCUCACCACUGGCAUUCCCAAGCUCAACCGAACCAUCUCUGACAUCUACCAAGACGAGCUGUACAACCCUGCCAUCAUACCAACACCGCAGGUUCCCAAGCAGCCCUCCAACAACAACAGCCACCAGCAGCAGCAGCAUCAUCUCCUAAACCCUUACCGCAAUGUCUUCGCCGAUCGACUUCAGGCUGCCAAUCAGGGCCACCUUUCUGCGCGGUCUCAGUCUCCUGCAGUCAACCUGAACCGUGAUCGAUCUCCCUUCCGCCAAAACUCACCUUUGGCUGCCGAAUUCAGCGGUGCUGCUCUUCAGCAACCGCAGCUGGCGACCAGCGUCCCCAUGACUCAAAACGUUAUGAACCUGGGCCCAGUUCAAACCGAGCCUAAGACCAUGUCCCCCAAGGAUGCGGUUUUGGACUUCAGUGAAGCCGAAGAUGCUGCGAUGCCGCCACUGUUCUCCUCGAGUCAGCCUGACUUCAAUCUGAGCGACGCUCUUGGGUUGCGACGAGAGAGCUCUUCGUCCUUGCGCCAGACUCAGAACUUCCCAUCAAUGGAUUCGUUUUCCCAAUACACUACGCAGACUGGCACUGUCCCUCAACAGUACCAAUUUGCACCCCAGCCGCAGAAUCACCGCCAGUCGCAGCAGCAACAGCAACAGCAAGCCCAGAACACUCUGUUGCAUCACACGCCCGAAUUCCCCGCGUCUCUUCCUCAUCUGGAGUCUACGGGCAGCGAUAUCAUCCACAAUGACAUGACUUCGCCGCAGUCCAACAUGACACUUCUGCCAAUCAAGGACGAGAUUACUCGACCUAGUGAUACUUCUACGGAUGGUGGCACCUACACCUGCACCUACCACGGCUGCACAAUGCGCUUUGAGACACCGGCCAAACUGCAGAAGCACAAGCGAGAGGCGCACCGACAGACCACCCCUGGUGGGCACCUUGUCGGCCGCGACCACUCCGCACGCAACUCGCAGGCUGGUCCCCACAAGUGCGAGCGGAUCAACCCAUCCACAGGAAAGCCCUGCAAUUCGGUGUUUUCGCGGCCUUACGAUCUUACGCGGCAUGAGGAUACGAUCCACAAUGCCCGUAAACAGAAAGUCCGCUGUCAUCUGUGCAGAGAGGAGAAGACCUUCUCGCGCAAUGAUGCGCUAACCCGGCACAUGCGGGUGGUCCACCCUGAAGUCGAUUGGCCCGGCAAGCAAAGACGCAGGGGCCGGGAGUGA